CGACACGGUGAAGAACAACAACGGGAUCCAUUUUCUUACUUGUUCUUCCUCUACCACCUGAGAAACCCUAAAACCCUAAUUCUUCAGAAAUUAGUUUCCAAAGGCGUCAAUUUUGGGCGGAAAAUGUGGUCUUCGAGAGCUCUCAAGUAUAUUUUCAGGCUAGGACCUGAACCAAUUUCUUCUUCAUCGUUUUCCGCAUAUUCGCUAUCUCGCAUCACCGGAGGUGCUCCAAUUCCGUCGCAGAACCGAUCGAUUACCUCCACGGCGCCGCUUAAUGGAUGGAUGGAUUCGAUCAAAGGCGUUUUUACCGGGAAUAAGAAUACUCCUUUGGAAGAAUCAAAUCUACCCGUUGAAGCUUUCACUCUUCUCCGAUUUGCUGAUGAACUAAAGAAUGCUAGAAGGUUAGGGAAAUUCAAGCAGUACAUUGUGGGUCGAAGCAGCGAGGCCACUUUUUCAGAUGCAUUUGAGAAACAAGAAGCUGUUAUUAGGUAUCUUGGAGCUCUUGAUGUUACAGGAGAGAAUCUUCAAGCGAGUCAAAAGCAAGAUGCGGCUAAACAUUGCAAAUGCACGAUAACAGAUGUGGAGAAUACGCUGGCCAAGUUUACUUGGGCAAGGCAAGCUCACAAGAAGAUGGCAGAGUUGAAAGAAGGAGGCAAACCGUUACCAAAGAAUAUGGGAGAGCUGCAAAAAAUGAUGGGGUCAACACCAAUGGAUCUGGCCAGAUCAAACUUAGCCAAAAGUGGGCAGAUCAGCCGCAAUGCACUUUGUCCCUGUGGUUCCAAAAAGAGAUAUAAAAGGAUAGGGGAAGCCAAAACCCCUAGCACUUGCCCACCUCCCAAAGCUGCUGGAAUAACUAGGUCUCCUUACCGCCUCCUCCAAACGAUCCUGUCGCUUCAAGGAUUGCAUCUGAUGGCUGCAAGGAAUCAAUUGAUAACACAAGACGAAGGAACGAUCCUCUAUCUGAUCUAUCUUAGCUUAAGGGUUUCUGCUUAUGAUCUUAUGGUAGUGGACAGUGAUCUAGAGGGAUUAGACCAAAAAAAGAAGGACAUGCGUGAAAUGUUUGAUCAGAUUCAGAAUAAAACUUCACUAAUUCUUCAAUUCUCGCUUAAGUGGGAAGAAAUCGACGAGAAGUUUGGUUUUCUAAAGCAACGAGCCAUGGAAGUAUCUUUGAAGGAGGAAUCUGUAAGGAAUCAGAUUCUGGAGCUGGAGAAGAAGGAAGAGAGGCUGAGGCUUGUUGAAGAGAGAGAGAGGGAGAUUGAGGAUUCCAUCAGUGCCUUGCAGGAGAAAGAAAAUGAAUCUGAUCUGAUGCUGUUUAUGGAAGCGAAUGUGAUGAGAUUGGUUCUUCAAAUGCAGUUCGAAGAAGUGGUGGUUUCUCAGCUUAACGCUCAAGAGAAAUUUCUUGGUUUGCUCCAUGAUUCGGUGAUGAAGAAGCAUGAAGAGCUAAUGACAGAGCUUGAAGCAAGGAAAAAUGAGGUUGCUUUGAUUUCUAAGACGAUCGAUGACAAGACGUGUGAUUUAGACAUGAAAGUUAAAGACUUCGAUCUUAAGCAAAUAGCUGAGUCUGAGAGAAUGAGAAAGGAGACUGAGGUGAUGGAAACAUCUCUUAAGCAACUUGAAGCGAGGGAGAAUGAGCUUAGGUUGCUUAAUGAGACCAUCCAAGAGAAAUCGAUUGAACUGGAGAAGAAAGAAGAGAACUUUCAACUGAAACAAGAAGCAGCAGCCAGAGAGACUGAAGUGAAGAACAAGUUUCUUGACUUAAAGGAAAAGAAACUUGAAGAAAGGGAGAAAGAUUUGGAGUUAAAACAGAGAGAAAUAGAAGAACGAGCAAUAGAAGCAGAGACUCGUAAGAGAACUAGGCUUGAAUAUGAGUCUCCAUUGUUGACAGAGAAGGGUAGAGAUGGUGAGACUCUGAUUCUCCCUGGAAAAAAGCAUAAAUCCAUUACAGAUUCGGCUUUUGUAGUUCCAGCUUCUACAUCUUCUCAUGUACAAAUAAUUGAAGCACAUGAAGGAGAGACUGAAGAAGCUGUCUCCAUCAAUGGCAUUGAUGAGGAUCCUGAGCCAUUCACUUUUCCUGAUCUUGCAGCUGAAACUGAAAAUGAACAUACAAGUGAAGUACAGAGAAGAGAGGCUCCUGAAGUUGUCUGCAUAGAUGAAGAUAAGCCAUUUACAUUUAAUUGUCCUGAUCCAGACUUUCACGAUUUUAACAACACAAUAAGCUCUUUCGCUGUUGGUCAAGUAUGGGCUCUAUAUGAUCCUAUAGAUGAUAUGCCUCGAUACUAUGCUCAGAUCAAGAAGGUAUUGAAAUCUCAGCUGGGUUUACGGGUGACAUGGCUUGAAUCAGUACAGACCACAGAAAACGAGGAACCAAUUCCUGCUUGUGGGAGAUUCAAACAUGGAAAACCAGAGACCAGAAGCCACUUGAUGUUUUCUCAUGAGAUGUACUGCAUCAAACGUGGCAAAAAUGUCAUAAUAAACCCGAGAAAAGGCGAGACGUGGGCCCUUUUCAGAGAUUGGACCAAGACUUGGAAGAGUCACAGUGAGCAACACAAGACUCCUUAUAGAUACGACUUUGUGGAAGUCCUGACUGAAUUUGACAGUGAUCGAGGCAUUGGAGUGGCUUAUCUAGGAAGAGUGGAGGGAUUCACAUCACUUUAUAAACAAGCUGAGCAAAAUGGUCUUGUCAAAAUUAUGAUAUCAUGUGAUGAAAUGCUUAGGUUUUCUCAUAGAGUUCCGUCUUUCAAAAUGACUGGAGAUGAGAAAGCAGGAGUCCCAGCUGGCUCUUUUGAGCUAGAUCCUGCCGCUAUUCCUCGAUUUUAUCUUAAAGAUGCUAAUGUCAAAGAAGAAAAGAUGGAGCCCAUAGUCUUGGUUUGAGUUAAGUGCAAGUCUGAUGUGUUCACUGUUCUUUAUUUAUAUAAGUAUAAAUGUAUUUAGAAGAUGCAUGGAACUGGAUCUGUAUUCCUUGGAACCUGGAUCUGUCUCUUAAUGAAUUUCUUUAUCAGGU